AUGGAUGAUGAUGAAUAUAGAUACAGCAAACAGUGUUAUUGUUGGGGAAGAGAUUCCCAUGGUAAUAAAACAUACGAGCCCGAAAUAAUACCCGAGUUGAAUAACAAAUUUAUUGUACAACUAUCAUGUGGUUCAAAUCACUCUUUAGCUUUAUCAGAUGGUGGUGAUUUAUAUAGCUGGGGGAGUACAAAUUUAAAUGGUCAAUUAGGGCAUGGUGAUUCUAAAAGUUUAUAUGAAAAACCGAAAAAUAUAAAGAAGUUUUCAUUAAUAAAAGCAUUAAAUGGAGAUUCACCGAUACAGGUUUCAACAGGUUUAGAUUUUUCAUUUAUAUUGACUGAUCAAGGAUCAAUUUACGCAUGGGGAUCAAAUAUAGAGGGUCAGCUGGCAUUAGGUGCGGAUCCAAUAUCAACUUCAUUAAACUCAUCUUCAGAAUCAAAUAAAUCAUUUUUACAGCCAAAAGACAUUUUAACAGUAAUGGAUAGCUAUAGUGAUAAUUGUCCAUUUUUUAAUACAGAAUCACCAACUGAUGUAAUGUAUGAAACAUUAACUUCAUCAACAUCAUCCAUUAGAUCUUAUGUAACCAUAUCAAAACAACAGAAUGAAGAAGCAGCUAAAAGAAGUGCAGUUAGCAGCAGUAAAAAUGGCGGAUCAAUGAAUCCUUUUAGUAGUGUUGGUAGUUUUUUUAAAGAUAUUAUCAAGGAUAAUGGGUCAUCAUCAUCACCAACAUCCUCACCGUCUUUAUCAUCAUCAACGUCAUCGUCGUUAUCGUCAUCAUUGGAUAUGAACACAUUGUAUAGCCAUCUCGGAAAUGAUUUCAAGCAUAAAGGAACAUUACCACUUAAAAUUCAUUCAUUUCAAAAUAUUUGUGUAUCACAAAUUUCAUGUGGCUCUAAUCAUGUUUUAUGUCUAAAUAAGCAAGGUCAGGUAUAUUCAUGGGGAAACACAGAGCACGGAAAGCUAGGACAUGGUGAUGAUUUUACAUUUGUUAGUUCCAAUGCAAAAUUUAUAAACUAUCCGAAGAGAAUCAAAUCUCUUGAAGCAACACCAAUUAUUAGUAUAUCUUGUGGCUAUUCUCAUUGUAUGGUAUUAACUAAAGACAGUGGUAUUAUGACUUGGGGCAAAGGUUCAGAUGGUCAACUAGGAACAGGACAUAGACAUGAUAUUUGGAGCCCAUAUGAAAUCAAAAGAGUAAUUGGUUUUGAUGAAAAAAUUGUUCAAAUCUCUUGUGGUUAUUUUAAUUCAUUUUUUAUAACCUUAGAAAAACGAGAACUUUAUUCUUUUGGUUGGGGAAUAACUCUGGGUAAACUGGAUGAUCAAUUAUUACCAACAAAAUUUAUUUUUCAAGAGCCUCUGGAAUCAACAAACAACAGUGACUAUGAUGAAAUUAAUGGUAAUCCAAAGUAUAAAAUUAAACAAGUGUCAAGUGGCUAUUCUCAUACAUUAAUUUUAAAUGAGAAUGGUGAAUGCUUUUCUUUAGGUCAAGGUGAGUUUGGUCAACUGGGUAUUCCACAAGACCAUCCAUCCAUCUCCAAUGAUAGCUUUCUAAAAUCGCCUGUUUUAAUUGAAAAACUAUUACCUUACUAUGUAGAGUCAGUCCAAUGUGGUAGAUGGCAUUCACUAGCGAUUGUAUCAAAUAGAGAACUACAAAAAGAAUCAUCAGAAAAACAAAAUAAGAAAAAGCAAACCCAUUGCAACAACAAAAAAUCAUCAACAACAGAUCUAGAAAUGCUAGAGGAGUUUGAAUCAAAUUUAGAAGAAAUAGAACGUAUGAUCAAUCAGACAGUCUCUGGAUAUAGUAAUAAUAAAGAUGAUAUCUUUGAUGGCCUUCAACUGUCAUUCGAAGCAAUUAUUGGAUUUUUAAAUGAAAACAAAACUCAAGAAGAUGAUUCAAUUAUAACAACCAACGACGAAUUUGAAAAAUCAUUCUUUUUUAUUCAGCAAGAUUAUAUUGGAAAUAAAAACGAUCAUGACGAUGAUGAAGAUGAUUUUUCCUAUCAAAACAAACAACAACAAAGUGAGCUACCACAAGAGCAAAAAAGCAAACCAUUCCUAGACUUCCUAUUUAAAUCAAAAUCGCCUCACUCAAAAACCACCAGUGCGUUCACAAACGGUAUCGAUGUAGAUUCAUCUGAAGAGCAAGAACAUAUAAUUCAACUCCUAUUAACCAAAUUUCUACCAAAAUUUGAUGUAUACUCUAAAAGAAAAGAAUGGAAACAAUUAUGGCGUAAAGGAUUCCCACCUGCCAUUCGUGGAAUACUAUGGAAAAAAGCCAUUGGAAACAAAUUAGAAAUUAAUGGUGCACUCUAUCAUGGUCUAUUGGCACAGCUAUCUGAUUUACAAGAACGUCUCAAUAAAGAUAAAAAGGAAUAUGGUGAAGGAUUCGAAGCGAAUCUACCACCAAAUCUACCCAAAGAAUAUCAAACGUUCAUCAAAACAAACAAUAUGGUCGAAGUGGAUCUACCUAGAACUUUUCCGCAACUAAAACUCUUUGCCAAGUAUGGCGCAUUAUAUGAACAAUUAAAAAACAUGUUGUUAUUAUUUUCAUUAUAUUCGCCACAAAUUGGUUAUGUUCAAGGCAUGUCUUAUUUAGCUGGAAUUCUAUGUCUCUUUAUGGAUCCAUUCGAAUCAUUUGUAUGCUUUACAAAUUUUUUAAAUAAUCAUUAUUUUAACAGUCUCUUUAGAAUGGAUAUCAAAGGUAUCGUCAAACAUGUUAAAAUAUUCGAUUUUAUUUUCAAAAAUGAAAUACCGAAACUUUACGAAAAAUUUUGCGAAUUAGGUUUAUCAACUGAACACUUUUUAUUGGAAUGGUUCAUGACAUUAUUUACAAAACAAUUACCUUUAAAUAUAGUAUUUAGAAUUUGGGAUUGUUAUAUAAUGGAAGGUGAAUCAUUUAUAUAUUCAACUUCAAUUGGUAUCCUAAAGCUUUGUAAAAAAUUUAUUUUAUUAUCAAAUUUCGAAGAGUCUUUAAAUAUUAUAAAGUCAACUCCCCAUGAUUUGAAAGAGGAUGAUUUAUUCGACAGCAUUAAAAGUAUCAAAAUUCAUAAUAGUGUCAAGAAAAUAAUUAACCUUGUUAAUAAAGAUUAUUCGUAA